ACGUACUAACUGCGUCGUGCGAUGUUUAGCUGCAGUUCAUCUCGCCUUUUGCUCUGGCAGGUACCAUUAUGCAGGCUGGUCUCGUUUUUGGGCACCCCGUGUUAUGUUUCACUGUCUUGGCCUCGGUUGGGGCUUGCAUUAUGUGGGCAUUGAAGCCAGCCUUGACUUGGCUUGCUAGGAAAGCUCGGCUUGAGGAGGCGGAUCACGCCGUCCCUCAACAGAUCAUUCAGGGGCUGCAGCUCGAGAACGGAGUGCAGACCACUUCCUAUUCAUCGCCGACGCGCCCAGAAUCGUUUUACCACAGAUUUCAGGGUGUAUCUAUAGAUAAAUCCAACUAGGCCAUGUAGUAUAUGCAAUGUCAGAAGCUUGUCUUCGUC